GGACCAUCGGCGUUUUACCCCCCCGCACAAUUUCACCCUUCCCAUUUGGAAUCUGCUGCUAACAGCGGACCUCCACAGAAACUACUACUGAUGAUUUUGCAGGUCCGUUAGGGCGUGAGCGAUCGGCCGCCAUGACAGGGAAACCUGUUGCACCCAAACACAGACAGCCAACUAAGCGUCCAGGGGAACAGAGAAGACCAAGAGGCAAAGACUGGAAGAGGAUGGGACAAGAACCGGAUCCCUUCAGAAAGUUUGUUGGAUGCCAACCCCCCAUUUGCAAACUGAUCCGAAUGUGUGACCUUGCUCCCUGCUGAUAUGCAUUUCUGUACAGAUUUUCCAUUUAGAUGAACGGUGACUGACGACCAGGUUAGAAGGGAAAGAGAAGACACAUGCUGAGAGAAGUCCAAGGCCUUUGAUGGGACUUUAAUGAGUAGCUGGCAAGGACCCCUCGUGAUCCUUUUGAUGUCUUUUCUGGAUUAUUGAUGUGGACACCACAGUAGUCUGUUGAGUGUUUCCAUUGGUAAAGAAAAAACAUCCACGACAGGACUUUUAAGUUGGACCCCAACCUUGUAUUGCAAAACAGCCAUGGAUGAAGUUGCCGAGGAGAGGAUGGUAAGCAAGGCCGUGGUGGAAUUUAACGCCACCUUGCAGGCAGCUGUAAGGGAGGUCCACAUGGACGUGAGUGCUUUCAAGCAGCGCAUCGAGCAGCGCAUUGACGAGAUGAGCGCCUCCAGCGGCCCCCUGGCCGAGGCGGUGGGUAGGUUAAAGGAGGAGAACCUGCAGCUACGCUCUAAACUGGAGGCUCUCAGCCGCUUGGUAGAGUCUCUCGCUGGGGUACAGAUUGACAGGAACUACUCUGCUACCGGGCCCAGGGGGAAGAGUAACGAACAGGGUGUGGACAAUGGGCUCACAGAGAUGCAGUCAAAGAACCAGGAAGACCAGAGGGGCCAUGUGGGUCUGACUGCUUCCAAAUCUGGACAAUUAUGGAGAGCAAAAGAAUUUAAUGGAGUGGAGGCCCAGACUGAGAAGCGCAUUGGCUCAGUGGAACAACCGAACAAGAAGCGAGCCCAGGAUGGGUUUGGCGGUCUUACCGAACAUCAUCUUCCCAUCACCGCUAUGACAAGAGUCAGCUCAGAAGCGUCAGUCAUCGCCCACGUCGCAGCUCCAGUGGUUAAAGUGUCAGCGGAAAGCGCAAUAAAAUCAUUUAGAAAUAAAAGUGCUGAUGAACCCCAACCACACCUUCCAAUCAGUGCCAUGACCUCCAAAGGAAAUCCGGAAGUAGCAGUUAAACCUGCUCAGUCAGUGCCCAAACUACAGGAUCCAUCUGCGGAAUGCCAUCCUAAAAAGAGUUUAUCUGGAUCAAAAGACUUUGCGUUCCAGGAUCAAUCAAGCUCUCCAUCUCUGGCUGCUUUGGCGCAUCUUCCUCUCACAGCUGCGAGCAGAAGCAACCCUGAAACUUUGCCUGCCCCUAAAUCUUUUCAGACCCCAUCUUUGCCAGAAUCCCCAAAUGUAAAACCAGGAGAGUAUCCAUUUCGACGCGAUGUCAGCGAGGCCAAGCUGCAAUCGUCUCUCUCAACCUCAGGAGUAAAAAAUAACACAGAGUCACAACCGAUUGCUCCACCGGCAUCCCAGGAACCAUCUGUUAAACCAGGGGAGUACCCCUUUAAGAGAACUCCAGUUCUAAAGACACCAAGCCCGAGUCUGAAAAGAAGUGUGAGCUUUCCUCAACCAGCAGAAAAGUUACUUCCAUCCAAGUCAAUCAUAAAACCAGGUUUGUCGCCUGGUUUUGAGAAAAAAGGCACCUCCUCUACUGUGGAAUUUAAACAAGAUGUGACAAAGUCUAACACGCUUCCUCGCGCUGGUGGUGCACAGGCCAAACGUGCCCUCUUUGAGCGGAUGAACUCCGAGCCCCUAAAGCCCAAGGACUCCAAGCCCAAAUUGAAGCGCUCACAGAGUUUUGGCGUUUCCAGUGCCAGUGGGAUAAAACAGAUCCUGUUGGAGUGGUGCCGCUCUAAAACUAUAGGCUAUCAGAAUAUUGACAUACAGAACUUCUCCUCGAGUUGGAGCGACGGCAUGGCCUUCUGUGCCCUGGUCCAUUCCUUCUUCCCGCUUGAGUUUGACUACAAUACGCUAAACCCUUCCAACCGCAAGCAAAACCUGCAGCUGGCUUUCACUACAGCCGAAACGCAGGCUGACUGCCUCCGUCUGAUCGAAGUGGACGACAUGCUGGAGAUGGGUGAUAAACCAGACCCCAUGUGCGUGUUCACCUACGUCCAAUCACUCUACAACCACCUGAAGACGUUUGAGUAACUCUGUAUCAGAGGAGACUGCAAAGAUGCACAUUUUUGUUGUGACAUACAUGCACAAGAACUGUAGAACCAGUAUUAGUUAUUCAUGUGUCUCUAUUGCUGUUGCAGUUUUUACAAAAGGGCCUUUGCUAAUCCUGACUAUUUAACAAUUUACAAUUGUCACAGCUGCUGAUGUGGAUGCGCAAACAGAGUGGACAUGCUCACAAAUAGCAUGAGAUGCAGCUAAAGCAGUCUAAAUAAAGAUUUGUUUUGUAAUGUUUUUCUUUCCAAAUCCUUAUUUCACCCUUUGAUUCACUAAUUGUUCCAGUCGUGAGUACACUUAAGCCUGCAGUAUAUUCAGAACUGUGCAAACCACUAGUACAGUAUCGUAUGCUGCCCUGCUCAAAAUAUGAACAGCAAAAUAUAUGAGUGACAGGGUGCAUAUGGCCACUAAGUUACUGCCCAAAUUUAAACCAUCCAGUUAAAGGGAAUAAUGUUCAUUUGGCUGGAUUGACACUAAUAGUUGUGUGUGUCAUUGAUUAAAACUGUUUUUCCUCUCUCUCUCUCUGUACUUCCCUUUUAGAGCUACAAAUGGCCGAAACAUGCAGUCCUGUAAUUUUCAGACUUUAAAGCCCACCUGACGAUAAGCCGCCAACUACCAAAUUUGACACGAAAGGGCAUUUGUUCAUAGAUACACUGUGCUGGACUAUAAGCUGCAGCUGUCCUCACUGUAUCAUGGGAUAUUUACACCAAAAAAUAUUAACCAGUAACCAAUUAUUUGACAGAGGAGUCAUAAGACUGUUGUAAGACCAAAUGAACCACAAUUCAUUGCUUCAAGAAGCUUCAUUUAGCCAUCACUGCUACCUUGGUGGAGACAGUCAACCUCUGCUGCCACCUGCUGUCAACACUGUUGUCGUCGUACAUGCUCCCAAGCAUGCGUUGCAGCGUUACAGAUGUAAAUAACAAUCCAAAUUCAUGUUCUGUGCUAAUUAUUUGUCUACUGUUCCAGUUGUGGAAUUAAUUGCUAGUUAUGGUCAUUUUGUGUCAUGCAGCAACUGAUCUGACUUUUGAAUGGAUGUAAAAGAUCCGAGCUGGACAUAGAUGGAGUUAGUGGCAUAAUUUGCCAGGUGACACUUAAUGACAUCUGUCAUAAGCAUUUAUUAAUGCCCAUGAUAGUGUCAUGUCAUAAUUAUGGGGGUCUUACGGCA